AUGGCGAGUCCCGCGCCCGCGGAGCCUGCGGAGGAGGGAUGCCCGGUCCUGGCUUCCCGCGAGGAGGCGCAGGAGGAGGAGGAACCCGGGGAGCAGCGGGCGGCAGCCAGCGCAGAGAGGCAGGUGGAGGAGGCCGCGGGCCGGGUGGGCGCCGCCGCGACCUGGCUGCUCGCGGAGCCGGUGCUGUGGCUGGGCUGCCGCGCCGACGAGCUGCUGAGCUGGGAGAGGCCGCUGCGCAGUCUGCUCGCUUUCGUCGGCGCCAACCUGCUGUUCUGGUUCCUUGCGUUGACUCCGUGGAGAGUCUAUCACCUGCUCGCAGUCACGGUCCUUGGGCGUGUUAUCAUGCAAAUAAUUAAGGAUAUGGUUCUGUCGAGAAUGAGAGGUGCACAGUUGUGGAGAAGCCUCAGCGAAAGCUGGGAAGUUAUCAAUUCCAAACCAGAUGAAAGAGCUCGACUCAGCCACUGUAUUGCAGAAUCUUGGACGAACGUCAGCAUAUUUCUCCAGGAAAUGUCUGUUUUCAAACAGCAGAGCCCUGGCAAGUUUUGCCUGCUGGUCUGCAGUGUUUGUACAUUUUUUACGGUCUUGGGAAGUUAUAUUCCUGGGGUUAUACUCAGCUAUCUACUGUUACUGUGUGCAUUUCUGUGUCCACUGUUUAAGUGUAACGAUAUUGGACAAAAACUAUACAGCAAAAUCAAGUCAGUUCUGUUGAAAUUAGACUUUGGCAUCGGGGAAUAUAUUAAUCAGAAGAAACGUGAGGGAUCUGAAGCAGAUAAAGGAAAAAGUCCCAAGGAUGACAGUGAAUUAGACUUCUCAGCCCUUUGUCCUAAGAUUAGCCUCACAACUGCUGCCAAAGAAUUAUCUGUGUCUGACACAGACGUAUCAGAGGUUUCCUGGACGGAUAAUGGGACCUUCAACCUUUCUGAAGGAUACACUCCACAGACAGACACGUCAGACGAUCUUGACCGACCUAGUGAGCAGGAAGUUUUCUCUCGAGACCUUUCAGAAUUUCCAUCUCUGGAAAACGGCAUGGGAACAAAUGAUGAAGACGAAUUAAGCCUUGGCUUGCCUGGUGAGCUCAAGAGAAAAAAGGAACAGUUGGGCAGUGACCACACACCCAGCAAAGAGAGGCAGUCGACAGCUGGUCUCACCCUUCCUCUGAACAGUGACCAAGCCUUUCACUUGAUGAGCAACCUGGCUGGGGAUGUCAUCACAGCCGCGGUGACUGCUGCCGUCAAAGACCAGUUAGCGGCCACGCAACAAGCACUUUCUCAGGCUGCACCCAGCCCAGGAGAGGACACAGACACUGAAGAAGGGGAUGACUUUGAACUACUGGACCAGGCAGAGCUCGAUCAGAUUGAGAGUGAAUUGGGACUUACACAAGACCAGGAAGCUGAAGCCCAGCAAAAUAAGAAGUCUUCAGGCUUCCUUUCCAAUCUACUGGGAGGCCAUUAAUGUAGAUAUCAGCUCACAACAGAACACAGAUAAACCACCAAAAAAUUUCAAACA